AGUGUUAAGUGUCUCACAAAAUCUUCAAUGAGGAUGUUUAUAAUUAGUUUUCAUCGCUCGAUAUCAGCUUACAAUUAGUGUGUGUGAAGACCUUCUCCGACGACUAGACGACAUCCUUCCCUAAUCAAAGAUUUCCGAGGUUACCUGUGGCUCAUACUUACGUCAAAGAUCGAAUACAACGGAAAGAAGACCUGCAUACAAUUUAGAUGAUUCCGAAGAAUGAUAUGUUUCACGACGAUGAGAUGCAUAUUGAUCUUCCUGCUUGCGUUUUUCGGAUGCUGGAAUGCCAUGGUUUUCGUGGGCUCGUCCACGGUGCAGAACCGCGACCGCGGCGCCAAAAUCACUCGGCCCAUGGACACGGUGGCCGAUUUAACCAACGACCUCGGAGUUUGCGUACUUCAGUAUUUAUCUUCUACGACAAGAGAUAAUGUGGCUUUUUCGCCUUAUGGCCUCUCAACUGUUGCCGUCCUCCUACUCGAAGGAGCCUCUGGUCACUCUGCAUACCAGCUACAAAAAAUUUUGCGCCUACCCUGGGAUAUCCUAGUUACAAAAAUAGGCUUCAGAGACUUACAUAGGCAUUUAAAGAGUUACUUUUUGAGUGACGGAUUUUUGGGCGGACUAAUUUUCAGCAGGAACGACAUCUGUAUGCUUCCCAGAUACAAACAAACCCUUCUAUUCUACGGAUUUGAACCAGAAGGUAGCCUCCCCGACUCAUGCUCGAGGCACACAACAACGACUGCAAAAACAACAACAACCACCACAACUACAACAACAAUGGCCGCACCCGUACAACCAUCGUCAGAACCAUCCGUGAAUGGCACCUCAGAAAUCACAACUGAACCAAAAGAAAACACCGCAAACACAACAACAGAAUCAACGACCACCACAACAACAGAAUCACCGUCCAAUACCACGACGGCAUCAGCCGCUAAUUCCACCACGGAGUCAGUAAUUAUUCCUGAGUCCCUUCCGUCCACUUCAACUACUGAGCCCAGUCCGCCACCCGAGACUUCAUCACAAGCUCCCUCAACAACAACGCCUUCACCAGAGUCGAUACCACCCGCCACUACGAUGGCUCCAGAGACGUCCCCUCAACCAGUUCCGGAAACGGAAGCGCCUUCACAGCCGGCACCGGAAACGGAAACAUCCUUACAGCCGGCUCCGGAAAUGGAGACGACCCCACAGCCGGCGCCAACACCUGAAACCGAGACAUCUCCACCACCGGCUCAGGAAAUGGCAACGUCUCCGCAGCCAACACCAGAAGCAGAAGCUUCUCCGCAGCCGGCCCCAGAAUCAGCAACGCCUCCUCCAGUGGCUCCAGAAACAGAACCGUCCCCACAGUUGGUCCCGGAAACGGCUUCUCCAUCACAACCACCACCACCCCCGGAAACGGAAAUGCCCUCCCAAGAAAUGUCAACUUCAGCUGAGCCAACCCCGGCAGCUCCAUCGCCAGACCAGAAUGUCCAACUGACGCCGGGAGAACAAGGAGACGUCGCUGGCAAAAUUCUAACCGCACCAGAAGAGACUAGCACCAACGGAGGUAUGCUUGAAAAUAUGGCACUAUCCACGGAAGUGAUCACAGAGAGGACCGAGCAACGUUCCUCCGACGAGGCGAACACUGCGACAACGGAAAGUAAUCAGAACACCACCGAAGAGUCAGCGAGGUCGGCAUCGUCUCUUGCGCCGAUGACCGAAGCGACCUUCCAGACGCAAAGAAACGCCGAGAUGGCGAUGCCCACGGAUGCGCCACCGUCGCCGCCCGAGUCGGCCGCCGUGAAACCGGAGAGCUCGCCGAUCCAGGAGAUUGCCGUGACGACGUUUUCCUCCCCGGCGCAAAGCCAACUGGACAUAGCCAACGACACGGCAAUCAACAGGGUUUCCACCGAUGAGCAAAUGCUCGAUCAAUUAACGACUCUCAAAGUCUGCACUCACUCGCCAACGGAAGAGGCAACUGAAGGCGUGACUCAAACCGGUAUAACCGAGCCUAACCAAAGUACUUCAGACAAGACCACGAUUGAAAAUGAAUCCGAUAAAAUGCGCAUCGACGAGAACACAACCACUGGAAAACCUAUCGACGAUUUAAAUGAUAUCCCCGUGCUGAUAAUUAUAUCUAGCACUGAAAAUGACGGCACCAUGAAAGAUAAUCUCGACGAUUCCAGGACUGGAACAACGGAUUUGGAAAAACAUGAUUUUAUUUCGACUGAUACUCCAUCGGUAACCUCAAGAAAUGAAUUACUCCCUACUGACUAUAACCUGAUACCAGACGAUCCCUCUCUCACUGUUACAACCGCUCCUCAACCGAAUAGUUUUGACGUGCCUCAAACUCCGACAUCAUCCAUCGGUUUAAGAGUAAAUGAUGCCAUCAUCACGACCCCUGAAAUUGUUCUUUCGACGAAUCCAUCUCGAGAUGGCACCUCAACCGAAUAUAUCCCACCAAGAAAUCAAGUCGAGCUAAACCUAGAUAGACUCAACGAUAUUGAGUCGGCCACUGAUAAUAAAGGACUCACAACCGUCAUACCAGAGAGAACAUCCGAUCCUCAAAGUUCUGUAAAUAAUAAUCUGAAUGGUAACAAUGAAAAUCUCCGAGAAUUAACAACUCCUAGUGGGAAUAAUGAUUUUAGUGACUACAAUGUAAUCAGUGACAUUGAAUCUACACCAAGCAGUCGUAGCCAAGAAGAGCACACGAAUACAGAACAUGGUCAGUUGGCACACUCUCCUCCUGCUACAAGUUUGAGUGACACCGAAGACCUCAGAUAUAUCAACGUAAUCACCGAACCACAACUCAUAACUGAUAAACCUAAUUUUGGAGGCGAAAGUCCCGAUACAGAAUUUCCUGAAAAUGAAAAAACACCUCCUUCGCCGAAACUUGUCGAAAAUACCGAUGGGCCCAUAUCCGACCAAACAAUCACGACCACGCCAGAGAGUAGUGAGAAUUUCCAGACUGGAAAUGGUUUCCAAUUAUUUGAUAAGAUACAUGACUUGACAACCGAUUUUCCAGGAAUCACAACGCCUCACGAUUUGGAAUCGACGUCUUUCCACACUUCCGACGAUUUCUUUGAGCACUCAACUUUACCCAAUUUCGAACGAGAUAGGCAAGAGUUGAAAGAUAUCGAUAAAUCGAUUUUCACCCCCACAGAGAUGCCUCUAACGACAUUUGACCAACUGUAUAAUCAAAACCAUGAUAUACCGCCUAUAUCGACUGGUGAGCCGGAAAUAAACAAAGACACCCUUGUCAUCAUGGAGGAAGAUUUGGACAGAAGACCACCUCCGCCUAAAGUAGGCGGUGCCAAAGUGGCAAAAAUGAUGGGCGCAAGAUUUCCCAUCAUGAACAACCCCCCAAGAAUGGGAAUGCGAACAAGUCUCGUGAGACCCGGAGAGUUCAGAGGCCCUGUCUCGACCGCGUACGUCAGGACCGACAAAUUUAAAAACGGACAUCCCUCCGAGUUUCACAUCAUGUCGAAGAGCGUGAAAGUUACGACGGAAAGAACGUAUCCCAAUGAGAUGAUCCGUCAUAGUACACGUUUUCCAGAGGUGAACCGCACCGCAGUCAUCAUGAUGAAGUCGGUGCCCAACGGCUUAGCGAAGGAGGAGGAGUACAAUGCUGAGCAUUACAGUGUUGAUGAAAGUCGGCUCUCAUCAAAUUUCACCGAUUUCUCACAAAUGAGCGCUAAUUCAAAAAAAGAUGGGGAGUCCUUCGAAAUCGAGUCCAGUACCAUGGAGUCGGCAGUCGUUGAGUCGAAUUCGAUGGAGUCUUCGUAUUCUCAUAGUCACAUCCGAUGCGGCCGGAAAAAACGGAGUCCGACUGUUGAUCGCGGAGGUGCUCAACAGCGUGCGGUUGUUUUGAGGUCUGCAUCUGUGAAAGAAACGAGAGAGCACGCCAGGAGAUCUAGCCGGUCAGUUCAUUGGCAUGAUGUCACACCAAUCGUCUGGAAUCUGGUGAAACAUAAAUUCACCUCGGAUCACGAUCUGAGAUACUUGCAGGCCAAAAAUCGAUACGACCUAUCAAAACCGGAGACUUCCAUUUGGGUCUCACCCCUCUCUAGUCAUCAACAAAUUGUGCCAGUCAUGAAUUUCGCUGCGAUCCUGCCAUAUGCUUACGUACCUGCAAUUCAUUCUCAUGUGCUGGAGCUUCCUCUAGAUAAUCCACGUUACGCUCUCAUGAUAGUGCUGCCAAGCGGUGGAAAAUCCGUCAACCACGUGCUGAGCCAUAUGACGAGUAGAUGUGGAAUCAGAUCCAUCCACUCCCAGUUGAGGUUGUACCCCAUCCAUGUAAUUGUGCCUACCUUUAGGAUAUUCCAGCAACUGGAUCUUUCUCCAGCGUUGUACCACUUUGGAGUUAACGCUAUUUUUGACCCGUAUCGGGCCCAUCUAACCUCCUUAUCAUAUGAUCCGUUCCUGUAUGUGAGGAAUAUCGAGCAAGUUGUUACUUUAUCAGCGAGGAAGUAUGAAGAGCAACUCAAAUACAACGAAAUUCCGAUUCAUCAAGCCCAUAGAAAGUUUUACGCUGCAAGUCCAUUCAUCUAUUUUGUUGUUGACUUGGAAACAACGGUAACUCUUAUCGCAGGAGUACUUAAUGACCCUUUAGCUCCUUGAAAAUUUUUCAAAGACAAGGUGAUCAUUUUGAAAGAGAAAAACAUUUAGACCUAUAAUAAUCUCAUUUUUUGUUUAUUAAAAAUGCCAAAACAUUUCCCUAUAGUGCUUGAUUAUCUACUAACUAAGCAUUU